AUGGCGUCCACUGCUCUUCCAAAGGGAGCUGCCGCUCGCAGACAAGCGGCGGCCGCAUCUUCGUCCAGCUCUACCUCUGCCUCGCCUCUGGAUACCCCCCGUGUCUCGCCAUCGGACACAUCUCUGUCCUCGGAGUCGGAGGACCAGCGCGAAGCCGGUGUCGGAAAACUGGUCGACACCUACGGCAACGAGUUCGCACUGCCAGACUUCACCAUCCAGCAGAUCCGUGAUGCAAUUCCAGCCCACUGCUACAAACGUGACGGUUUCCGUGGUAUGCAAUAUGUCCUGAGAGACAUCGCCUGUCUUGCUACCACCUUCUAUAUCUUCCACAACUAUGUCACCCCCGAGACCGUUCCGUCGACUCCAGUCCGUUUCGCCCUCUGGGGAUUGUACACCUUCAUCCAGGGCCUGUUUGGAACCGGAGUCUGGGUCUUGGCCCACGAGUGUGGCCAUCAGUCGUUUUCGACCUCCAAGGUCUUCAACGACACCGUUGGCUGGGUUUUGCACUCAUCUUUGCUGGUGCCAUACUUCUCCUGGAAGAUCUCCCACGGAAAGCACCACAAGGCCACCGGAAACAUGCAGCGUGACAUGGUCUUCGUCCCCAAGACAAGAGACGCCUAUGCUUCUCGCGUUGGCCGCAUGCUCCACGAACUCAAUGAGUUGACCGAGGAGACCCCUAUCCACUCCGUCAUCGACAUGGUUCUCCAGCAAUUGUUUGGAUGGCCACUGUAUUUGAUCACCAACGUUACCGGCCACAACUACCACGAACGCCAGAGCGAAGGACGCGGCAAGGGCAAGACCAACGGUCUCUUCAGCGGUGUCAACCAUUUCAACCCUGGAAGCCCACUGUACGAGUCCAAGGACGCCAAGCUGAUCCUGCUCAGCGAUUUGGGCUUGUUGAUCGUUGGUUCCAUUCUGUAUACUCUCGGAAACAACUUUGGCUGGUACAACAUGUUGGUCUGGUACUUCAUCCCAUACCUUUGGGUUAACCACUGGCUCGUCGCCAUCACCUUCUUGCAGCACACUGACCCAACUCUCCCCCACUACCAGCCUGAGGCAUGGAACUUCACCCGUGGAGCCGCCGCCACCAUCGACCGUGAAUUCGGCUUCAUCGGCCGCCAGCUCCUCCACGGCAUCAUCGAAACCCACGUCCUCCACCACUACGUCAGCACCAUCCCCUUCUAUAACGCCGACGAGGCCACCGAAGCCGUCAAGAAGGUCAUGGGCCGUCACUACCGCGCAGAUACCAAGGAUGGCAGUCUCGGCUUCCUCCGCGCUAUGUGGACCUCUUUCCGAACCUGCCAGUGGGUUGAGCCCUGCGAAACCGCCGAGGGAGAAGGCAAAGCCGUCCUAUUCUUCAGAAACCGUAACAACAUCGGUCUCCCACCUGCCGCUCUCAAGCCAGUGAGCAGCUGA